ACAGCUCUAAUCGACCAAUAUGCCGUCAAGUGUAACCCGAUAUAGCCGAAAAUGAUCUCCACCGUUUUCACAUUGUAUUUCCUUACCGCGUUGUCUUUGGCCGCACACCCGACAUGUCUGCUGUUGCCGCCGACGGACACGAGUGCAAUAUUUUACACACUGUACACCAAGUAAGUGACCGUAUAAUAUCGUUGUGUACCUCGUGUAGAACGACCACUACGAGACUGUCGUUACAAGAUCAUUCGGUCGAAAAGGCGAAACUCGCGGAUACCGAUACCGUGGUCCUGUACGUUCACGGAUACGGUGGGUCCUACGACGAUAUCGGCGCAUUGGCAAUAAGAAAAGGUUAUGUCAACGGAACUGAUGAUCACAAUUUGAUUUUGGUCGAUUACUCCAAACUGAACGGGAAAAUUAUCGGUUCCAACGUGGUUACACUUGCGAUAAGAUAUGCAAAAGCCGUCUACUGCGACUUGCCGAAGGUUUCCCAGAAAAUUGUUGAUUUCAUCAAAAAAAUCUUAAACAAGCGACCCGAAAUCAAACGUGUUCACAUCAUUGGCAUCAGUUUAGGCGGCCAAAUAGCCGGCAAGGUAGGAACUUUGUACAAAAAAGCCACCGGACGUCAUCUGUACAGAGUGACCGCAUUGGAUCCGGCCGGACCGUCGUUCAAAAACGAUCCACAAAUACAUCCGGACAGCGCCGAAGUCGUCGAUGUGAUUCACAGCAACAUUGGCUAUUACGGGUACAUCAAACCAAUGGGAACGGCUGAUUUUUACAUGAACAACGGCGUCACUCAACCCAGUUGCAUCGCAAAUCAGACAGAAGUAAAACGCCUGUUGGACAAACCGUAUGUAAACGAAAAUUUCUGCUCCCACGGAUCUUCGGUGCUAUACUUCGCCGCGUCCAUAGACAACAAACUGUUGGCCAAACCUUGUAAGCAAAUCGGCGAAAUCGUAUCGGACGACCAAGUGAACUUACUGGAAGUCGACGAGGACAACGACAACGCCAUCAGUAAGACUUGCAACGCCCACGGAACGACAACCGACGACGGUCGAGUGGUGUUCGGCCAUCACAUGUCUUCGAGCACCACCGGAUUGUUCUACGCCCACGUUCCGGACUUGUAUCGUUACGUCGGCAAAUUGUUCAACAAGUUUAAACCAGAGCUGUAGCUCUGCAACGAAGCACGGAUUCACGCACGACCAUUGCAUAGGCAACGAAUUUGAAAUAAACACUUAUUUUUAUU